UAUUCGAAUCAUGCUUAUAUAACUACAAAAUAUGGAUGUUAUGGUGGCUGAAGAAGUAACUUCAAAUGAAGAUGAAUCAGAUGUAUUUUCCGAUAUAACUCCUAAAACUGGCAACUCAAAUUCAGCUACUAUUAAUGAUAUUAUAGAUAUACUCAAACCAAAUGAAGUCAGAUGGUUUUAUUCUAGUCCAAAAAAAACAUGGAUUCCUUUUUUGGGAUAUGAUUCUUACAGGAUUGAACUUGCAUAUCGUCAAUUGCACUCAAGUCUUAAAGGACUGUAUACUGAAAAUUUUGAGCCAAUUUCAGUCAGAGGUGAUUUAUAUGAAGUGGAUAUAAUAGUUAAAAAAUGUCUCCCUAUAUAUUGGCAUGGUGAUCCAGUUGAUGUAAUGAGGGGGACUUGGUUUUUUGAUGUUGGUUGGCAGCCAUUAGAUGAAGAAUAUGCUACUCAAAUAGAAGUUGAACAUUUAUCUAAAUUUGCAGGAUGGAAAGCUAAUGAUACUGUUAACAAUAAUAUUAUAAUGAACAAUGUAUUAAGGGAUAACAAUCCUAAGAAUAGCCUAGAUGAUAAUAAAUACUUAAUCUCUCCCAAAUACUCUUUAAAUGAUAAAUCGUUGUUAGCUAUGGGUAAAAAAGGAAAUGAUAGAGAUAAAAAUAUUAGCAAAGGCGGCAUCAAAAACCCUCCGCUUUCUCCUACCAAUCGUUCUCAAUCCCUUUUUUACCAAACAUCGCCGACCCCUGCUCCUUCCUCCACCAUCACUCCCGCUAUGGAUAUGACCGAGAUUCGGACCAAUAUCCCCGACAAAGAUAGGCUAGACGGCAAAAAAUCAGCUUCCGUUAGCCCAAUGAGCGACGAAGGGGCCAACAGCAAGACUCCCGCCGGGAACGAAAGCUCAAAGGAUAAGAAAGACGCGGAUUCCGAUUACAAAGAUAAAGGCAAUAGGAAAGAUUUUAAAAAGAAAACCGCAACCUCUACCGCAGCUUUGCACACCCUUAAAUUCAAGGAUUUUUACGUAGAAUGGUACAACCCGAACGAAGUUUACAUGUUUAGCUUGGCAACGUCUUCCAAACUCUACCGUUCGCUGACAUACGCCUUGGGUUUCCAAAAGACAGGUCUUAGGCUCAACAGAGGCUAUUGCAUAUUAGCCAACGAUUCGGAUAAACCACCUGACAUACAGCAUAUAGUCUUUGUAAUUCACGGGAUUGGCGCCAAACUCGACACCAGCAAAUGUAUCAAGAAUUGCGGAAUUAUGAGAGAUCACGCUGCCAAGCUCAAGCAAAAAUGCAUAUCCGACAAAUGCCCUAGCACCGUGAGGGCCGAAUUUUUCCCUAUCGAAUGGAGAGCGAACCUCAAAUUAGACGACGGAGCUGUUGACAUGAUCUCGCCCAAAAAUGUUAUAGGACUCAGAAGCAUACUCAAUACUACGGUCAUGGACAUAAUGUAUUAUACUAGUCCAAUAUUUCGUAACGAGAUACUCACUGGAGUCCAAAAAGAACUAAAUCGCCUUUACCAAAUGUUUUGUGCCAAACAUCCAAAUUUUUCCAAAUUCCCUCAAAAUAAGGUUUCCAUUAUUGCUCAUUCCCUUGGGACCGUUAUAAUUCACGAUAUUUUAUCGGGUUGGAACCCAUCUUACAUACAUCAAAAUUACGUGGAUCAAACUUUGAGCGACUGCAUAGAAGACGCAAAGGAUGAAGUCGAUAAGAAGAGGUGGUCCAAAUUCGCCGAAAAUUUGAAGGCUCAAGUUUUGGAUAUCGAAAGCAAAUUGAACUAUAUUCGCAAAGACAGAAACAGUCUGAAGUUUAAGGUGGAGAACCUAUUCCUACUCGGCUCCCCUCUCGCGGUAUUUCUAGUCAUGCGUGGUAUAUCCCUUUAUGGCAGAAAAAUUGAUGUAAAUGCCGGAAACGAAGUUAACGACCAAAUAGAUGAUUUCUCAUCUCUGGCUGAUUCCUCAAAGUCUUAUAAAUCCACUUCGAGAUACCCCCAUCGGUCUUCAAGUUCUCUCCCGACAUCUAACGCUGGUAAUGACAUAGUAGGUAAGGAGAGUCUACAACAGGAGCUCGAAAAAAUGGACCAAAAUUCUAAUAGAUCGUUGCGAUUUUCUAUCUGCGAAAAUAGUACUAGCACAGAUUCUUUCUCGGACAAAAGCCAUAAACCGAAAAUAUCUGUUUUGCUACCUAAACAUAUAUGCAAUCACGUUUAUAAUAUAUAUCACCCGGCCGACCCAGUGGCCUACCGACUAGAACCACUCAUAUCUCUCGGGUAUAUCCGCGUGAAACCUCUGCCCAUUCACAAAUGCGAUUUGGUUCGAAAAAUACUUUAUGGCGAUCUUCCGCUCGAAUUUUAUCCCUUAGAACCGGUCGAGCCUCAACCACAAACCGAAGAAGAAGCUGAGAUACAAAAUUUAUUGACAGCAACCAAAAAGGAUAGUACGAUUUCUAGUCCUCUUUUGAAUGCAUCGAAUCCCAUAAGCAAUAUAAAUGCCAUGAUGAAUCUAUCUGUGUUAGAAAAGGCCGUUAGCAAGGAAUCGAGGCGAGAUAUCCGAGGAGAAGAAAUUUUUCCGACAGAGGGACAUCAAUGUGGCCUAGUUAAAGAAGACGAACAAAUUGCUUCUCCAAUUAUUGACCCUCACAAUCCUCCUCCCAUUCCACCCCCGCCAUAUUCGUCGUACCUGCCGCGGGCUUCCUGGGCCCCUAACCUAGAUUUCAUCAAAACUUAUUGGAGGAGGUCUUCAUCCGACCCCAAAUACGAUGAUACACAAAAUCCGGUCCACGAAAAACAAACUCAUAAAACGAAUUCUAAAUUAUUGAACCGGCCCGGUAUGAUUUCGGCUAUUAAGUCCGGUCAUGAGGCGGAUAUAAGCGAAUACGAAAUGUCGCCUAAACGAUCCGGUAACACCAGUGACCCUUCCACCUCCAAUAUGGACGGCCUCAAAAUAAAAUACUAUACUCACCCUAAGGAUCAAAAACUCGAUAACCCAAAGGAAGAUCGUUCUUCUCAUAAACGGAACAAAAUAUCUAGUCGAAUUAACGGCCCCUUUUCAUCUCUCAACGAAACCGGUACUGACACUAGUAGCCAGGACGAAGGCAUCCUUUUUAUCGAAGAUAGAGACGAUGAUGUUACCCCGUUAAAUAAAUUAAGCACUACCGCAUCUUCGAAUAUCCCGAAAUCUAGUCAAAGUAGGGUCAAGGAAAACAAGGUUGAAGCGAAAGAGAUCGUUAACAAGGACAUCGUCAUAAAUCCUGCCCAUAAGACAGUUUUGCUCCCUUCCAUGACCGCUCUCAAAAAGAGGGUCAACAAAUCUAAGGGAUCAAAAUCGAAGACGCCAGACGAAGCGGGGUCAACAUUGAAAGAUGCUAACGAUAGAUCGGGGCAAGAUGGGAGUGCUAAUCAAGAUGGUAAUACUGCUAGCAUUCAGGUGUCUGAUGAGGAUAUACCUAAAUUGGAAUAUAGGGUUGACUACACAUUACCCUCAGGUUGGACUAUAGUAAAUACAUAUGUUUCUGCCAUAACCGCUCAUACCAGUUAUUGGAAUAGCCCCGAUGUCAUAUAUUUCAUAUUACAACACCUGUUUCCCGACUAAAAUGCAAAUUAAUUAUUUUAAAUUCACUUAAAAUCCCGCUUUGGAAAAAACCAUAAUUUUUAUCGGGAAUUUCCCAUAUAUAAUUUAUAUUUUAGAUUUCAUCAUUAUCAUGCGCAAAAGUCAAAACAAUUAUAAUUUCAUUAUAAAUGUUAAAAAUAUUACCAGGUUUUUAAUGCAUUGUAAUAAAUGGUCUUUUAUUUACCCGCAUUAACAUUUACUUUAUUGAUAUGUUAAUAUAUCUAUAAUAUAUGCAAUAAUUCUCAUUAAUUAUAGUUAUUUAUGUAGUUUUAUAUAAGAUUUUUUUUUAAAGAAAAUGGCGAU